AUGACAUCGAAUAUAUCAUUGUUUAGUAGUACUAAUCAAGUGUCAACGGUGAAUGCAGCAGGUGUCACAGGUUCUAGUGUUCCUUUGUUGAGCAGUAAUAAAUUGCAACCAAAGAUUCUCUGUGGAAAGUUACAUCGUGACAAUAGACAUGCUAGUGACUGGGGUUGGCAGAACUUGUUUGCCUAUGGAUGUCAUACUCAUGUGGCCAUUGUCGAUCCUGCCUAUUUACAUAUUGUGCAGACUCUCGAUGAGCAUCGUCAUAAUGUUUGUGUGGUGAGAUGGUCGCGUGAUAUACACUGUUCCGCUCAGACAACAUCGGUGCGUCUCGCCACCGCAGAUACAGGCGGUACCAUUCUCAUUUGGGAUGUAAUAGAAGCUGCUGUUUUGCAGUCGUUUCAUAUCGCUUCUGCUGUAGGUAGCGGUGGUGGAGGUGGUAGUGGUGGAAGCACUGGUAACAGUCAGUCUGAGCACUCACUUUCUGGAUUGACUUCUUCUUCUUCUUCCACUUCUAGUGGAAGUGGUAACACCGCAAGCGGGUCUGGAAGUAGUUCUGGCGACCACAAACAUACCACUAUCAAAGACAUACAGUGGCUACCGAAUGACCCAUCGCUCAUACUUGUUCUAACGAGCAAUUCACUCACUCUUUGGAAUGUUCAGAGUGGAAUGAGGGUGUGGCGACGUGACUUGGAAUAUGCCACCACCUUCCAACUGGAUCCGUUCAUCGACAACAGAGUUCUGAUUGGAAUCAUCAAUGGAUCUAUCUAUUCGGUUGAUCUAACCGAGUCGGUAGUAGCAAACCACUCUAGUUGUACUGCGUUUGGUUUUGGAAGUAGCAAUCAUAUCAACAUGAGUCAUAGUGGUGACUCACUGCCAGUGCACGCGCCAACACUGGAAUUCAUACAUCACGUUUCACCACAGAAAUCGAUUGCCAACUCUACCGGUGGAACGGCAGCAGCAGCUAAAACCAGUGAACUGCUUCAGAUGGUUUGCUCGCCAAUCUCAAAGAACAUUGUUUACUACGUUUUCCAGAGAGAGUUGGUUGUUUAUGACAUCAGUUCCAAUCAGUUGUUUGGAGCGGUAUCGAUAGAGCGUAACAAAUCAAACUUCCAAUCGAUUGUACUUUGUCGCGAGAAUCCUUAUCUAAUGUUCUCAUUGCAUGACGAUGGCAGUAUCACCUCUUGGAGUAGACGUACCGACAAUAACUAUAAUACCCAUAGUUACGAGCAACUCUGUGUCUCUGAUCUAUCUCACUUUCACAAGAAAUCCAAAAAGAAAGGACAACAACUAUUUUCGAUUACUCAUCAUCCAUAUAAUGAACAAACUAUUCUCUCGAUUGCAGGUGAUGGUAUAAUUUGGAAAUGGGAUUUUACUUCUGAAAUAUUAUAUGGUGGACAACAACAAUUCGUUCCGAGAUUGAAUUCGCUUACUUUGAAACCAUUGAAUGGUGUCAUAAAGUUGGGUGUCUCUGGAACAUCCGAUUGUGUUUCACACCCGAUCUCAUCGAUGUCUGUCUAUCCCUUUGCUAAUCGUGCUAAUAUGUCUUUGAUUGUGGUUGGAACGGUCAAUGGUACUAUUCAGUUGUUGAACGCCACUACACUGCGUGUUCAGAAGGAGUUGUUCAUCUGGCAACAUCCAGUCUAUGGAUUGAAGUGGUUGUCACCGGGCCGUGUCAUUUGCUAUAGCUACGAAGAAGUGGAAACAGGUCGUGUCUAUCACAAUAGAAUGGCGAUAGUCGAUUUGCGAUCUGGUCGAGUCAAAGAGUUCCGUUUGGUGGCAACCAACGAAACUUCUCCGGUGCGUGGAUUGAGACUAUCGUUCUCGCGAAAGUUCUUGGUUAUUUUGUUGAAGGACCGUCCAUUUGAGUUGUGGGAAACAAAGAGAUUCACAUGCUUGCGAUCUUUUAAGCAAUAUCCACAGGUUGCCGGAUUGGAGUGGGUACCGCCACGCGACGACUCUGAGACAGCACUGUCGCCAGACACCUCUCGUUACGAGACACGCGAACAAUUUAUAUUUUUCAAUGCAGAGAGUGGAGGAUCCAUAAAGUGCUGUACGAUCGAAGGUAAUUCUGUGACGUUGGUUGAUAUUGCCAUUGAGGGAAGUGCACUGGCCAAUGUCAUGGGUGGCGCCGCGCCGCAGCUUGCCCACGCCUUGAAGCGCGACUUGAUGGUGGCUGGCGAUGCCGCUGGAAACAUCCACGUUUGGAGUAGCGAGCGUAAGAAACCCAUUCAUCAUAUAUCCACACACAAGAGUGCCAUCAAGAAGAUUAGAUUCUCGCCGGCACCAAACACCUCUGAUAUCAUGGUACUGUUUACCAGUGGUGAGAUAUCGAUCUACGACUUGUCAACAGGAAGCAGAACCGCCACUGGAAAUUAUCUAUCGGAGCGUGAUAUUAAAGCGAUCGACAUUGAAUGGCUGACUGACUCAAAUCCGAUUGUGAUAUCUGCCGACAAUUCCAUACGUAUUCUCGACAGUACUCUGUGUCUAACAAACUCGAGAAUCAAUAAUGUAAUAGGUGGAUCCUCCAGCAAUAAUAACAAUAUUUUCGAAGGUUUUAUUUACUCUCCGUUGUUGUUAUCGCCAUUCUGUGCUAUGCAGCUACGACAUCUUUUACAUGGAUGCCGUCUUGAUCCACAAACCAACGCUGUCGAUCUAGGAAAAUCACAAGCUACAUCGAUGCUGCUACUUGAUCAACUUGAAAAGACGACAAGACUGAUGUCGUUGGUGGAUGACCGCUUGAUUACACUGCUCUCCGGUAGCAAUGUCCCAGAGUGCAGUCUGGCCGUUGCUCAGUUCUUUGGAGAUUACCAGCAGAUUAAAUUCUGGAGAUUGGUCAUCCACACUCUUCAAACCAUGGACAGAUCUCUCUACACACCAGGACAAUCGAUCUACAACCAAGAAUGUCUUGCAUAUUACGAACAAUUACCACUCAUUCCACCUAUUCCCACUAAAAAUAAUAACAACAAUAAUAACGAUACAAACUUACCAACACCUUCUACAAUCAAUAUGAUAAGCAGUCCAUCGAUUGCCUCAACAACAAGCAUCAAUCAAUCAUCAAUGAAUGUAACACCUCCUAUUCCGGCUGCCAACAACAAUAAUAAUAUAUCUAUAAACCAAUCAUCGGUUAUCUCUCCACUAUCGACAUCGCCACUCUCAACUCCAGUCAAGUCACUUCCACCGACUACAGCAGCGGAAGCUACUCCUCAAGCUCCGACUUCUCUCACCAAGAAGCAAAGUAUUGCAUCGUUCUUUGGUGGAUUCGCUCAAGGUUUGGCAUCGAAAGCCACCGGUAAUACAAUGGCGAAAGAGAAGGAAGCAGCUAAACCAACUACCGUCCAACUGUCACCAACCACUCAAUCAUCAUCAUCACCAAUCAUCACUCACCACUCUAAUGUAAACACAGCAACCACCACUUCCAACCUCGCAUCUACAACCAACACCAUGAGCAAUCCACUAUCGAUUUCACAAAGUUUCCAUUCAGUAGUUUCUCAACUUCAACAAUCACAAUUAAUUGAUUUCGAUACAUUACAGCAACAACAUCAACAGCAACAGCAAUCAAGUGACACCAACAAUUCACCUAUGAAUAGUUCAUUGGCAGAUUCGAGCAUCAGCAUGAAUGACACACUUCCAUCAUCAACAUUGCCUAUCUAUUAUGAUACUCUGUGUGAUUCAUCUACAGUCAGAUCGACAUCACUCGAACGUCUUGAUCUUCAAGAACGAAAAAAGUUACCGGUCAACGCCAACAAUGCUGCUGCCGUCGAAGCGAACGACCGAAUUUCAAAAUCGUUGAUUGAGAAUAACAUUUUGGUUGGACGUGCACCACGUGCUGUCGCAUUGCUAUUGGACACGACACCAGAUCACCCCGAUUUCUACUCGAAAGCAAUCAAGGCAAGCAUGAUCGCCGCAUCGAUUUCCAGCGAGUGUUACCAAACCACAAUGAAAUUGCUGGCAGACAACCUGAUUGCCGUUGGAAAGAUCGACGAAGGUGUGCAGUUCCUGUGUCUCAUCGAUAAGGUAUUGGAUGCUUGUCGUUACCUACAGGGUGCUCAGCGUUGGAACGAAGCUGCUCAGCUCGCCAAAAACAAUCUGUCCGAUGACGAGGUCAAAGUGGUCUACCGUCAGUGGGCAAUCCACUUGGCAACCACAGAAAAACACUAUCAAAAAGCAACAGAGAUCUUCUUGACACUCGGUGAUUUCUACUCUGUCAUCCAACUGCUCUACUCAAGAGACAAUACAGUAAACAAUAAUAAUAAUAAUUAUUAUUAUAAUAAUAAUAACAAUAAUCAGUUAAUUGAUAUGAUGACAUCUUCAAAUUCAACAACAACAACCAACAAAGGUAAAGAUAGUGUGUUCUCACCAAUACCAAAUCUUACAGAUGAAUUUACCCUUGAACAACUAAUUCAAAUCAUUUUUAAAGAACACGGAAACCUCUUACACCAGUUGUGUUUAAGUCAAUCUACUUACUAUUGGCAUAAAUCAGUUAUAAAUAAAGUUCAUGAACUUGAAAUGAAAUCAUAUGAAAUUGGUAUAGCUGUUGGUGUUAUUGCAUUUGCUUUUAUAAUCGGAGUUUUUUAUAUUAUAAAAAUGAGAAGAAGCAGGAAUGAAAAAUCGAUUAAAACAAAUAAAAUGGUUUCCAAUAGUUCAAUUGAACACGUAGAGCUUGAAAUUAAAUCAGAAUCAACAACUUCUGCUACAUCAGAAACCAAUUUAGUUGCUCAAGUCUAG